AUGGCGUCUUCUUCUUCUUCUUCUUCUUCCUCCUCAGUCCCAGCUCGUUCUGUAAUCACUUCACUUGCAAAUGCACCUGUGUAUUCAUCCAUUCACGAAGCUCUUUCUCCAGGCGAUGAAGCCGGAAGCCGAGGAGGCGCAGGCAUGGGUUCGAAACAUAAAUUGUUGGUGUCACUUGUUGCUGCUUUAGCUGUGGUGGGCAUAAUAUUACUGUUUGUUUUCUGUAUUUACUGUCACCGCAAGCUCAAGGGCCGCCGAAUUUUGAAGAAAAAUGACAACAGUUGUUUGGAUAGUGCUAGUUGUAAAAAGAGACCUGUUAGUGUAAUGGAGUACGAGACCUUAGAAUUAGCCACCGGUUGUUUUGGCGAUGGUAACAUAUUGGGAGCUGGAGGAUUUGGGUGUGUGUACAAAGCCAAGCUUGAAGGAGACUGUUUUGUUGCUGUCAAGAGACUAACUGCUGCUAUGGGGACUGCAGAUGAUCAGAGAGAAUUUCAGACUGAAGUAGAUUUAUUGAGUAAAAUUCAACAUCCGAACAUUAUUGUGUUAUUGGGGUAUAGCAUUCAUGCCGAAAGUAGGCUUCUGGUAUACGAACUGAUGCAGAAUGGAUCUCUAGAAACACAACUGCAUGGACCUUCGAGGGGAUCGGCAUUAACAUGGCAUCUAAGGAUGAAGAUUGCUCUUGAUGUAGCAAGAGGAUUAGAAUAUUUGCAUGACCACUGCCAUCCACCAGUGAUUCAUAGAGAUCUGAAAUCAUCUAAUAUUCUUCUGGAUUCCAACUUCAAUGCCAAGCUUUCGGAUUUUGGGCUUGCUGUGCUGGACGGACCGCAGAACAAGAACAAUAUCAAGCUUUCAGGAACCCUUGGUUAUUUAGCUCCUGAAUACCUUUUAGAUGGUAAGUUAACCGAUAAAAGCGAUGUGUAUGCCUUUGGGGUAGUGCUGCUGGAGCUUCUACUCGGGAGAAAGCCAAUGGAGAAACUGAGCCCAGAAGCUCAGUGCCAGUCUAUAGUCACAUGGGCCAUGCCUCAGCUUACUGAUAGAGCAAAGCUUCCUACCAUCGUAGAUCCUGUGGUUGGAAAUUCCAUGGAUUUAAAGCACUUGUACCAGGUUGCUGCUGUGGCGGUGCUAUGUGUACAGCCAGAACCGAGCUAUCGCCCGUUAAUAACGGAUAUUUUACAUUCUCUGGUGCCCCUUGUCCCUAUCGAGCUUGGUGGAACGCUCAGGACCUCAACAGCUGUGGCUACAACAACACCAUCUUCUUAA